GUGGCGUUCUUCCCGUUGAUAAUCGCGUCCGAUUCUCCGUUCGGAGCCGCUCGAUUGCCAGUCGCACCGGUCGUCGCGCGCGCACACCGUCUCAGCCUGUCUCACUCGCUCGCGCAUCACCGCCGCCGCCGCCGCCGCAACCGCCACCGAUACAGCUGUGCGUCGUCUAUACCGCGGUUCCGUCCGUGUGCGUCGCGCCGCCCGUCUCGAUCGCCACCAAACAGACGUAUAAUAAACAAUAACAACACAACAGCUACGACGAGUGACAGUAGUCACAACCACGACAAUUCGCUACGUCUCACUGCGAGCGCAAUGCGUUGAGACUGCCAUCCGACUAACGGCUACGCCCGAUCGGACACCACAACAUACCGAGCUACACUCGAGAGACGGACCACACGGUAAUACCACAUUACGUGUAAUACUGCAGGUAUUACCUGCAAUACCUGCAGUGUAGUGUCGUGCCGGGAAACUGUGGUCGCGGACACGCCACUGACGGCGAGCGAUCAACCGACCGCGGGCAGAAGAGCGAUACUGUGCCGGUCAUCCACACGUGCCGUAGUCGUCGCCGGUGAUAAUGGGCAAGAAGGGCAAAAAGACUAGAUGGCGGGAGCUGCCCAUCACCCUGGCAGACAAACCGUAUGCAUCUGUCGAACAACCGACCGGCCGUCACGCGACGGACCAGAAACCGGCGAAUUUUGCCGCGGCGGCAGGCCGACGAAGUCAUCACACUCAACACCAAACGUACCAACAGCAUCAAUUGCCGAACCGAAAUAAUUCAACGGGUGUUAGUYCACAGAAUAAUCACGUGGAAUCUUCAACCGUCACAUUUAACGAGGACGAAUACACAAAGAUAACAACUCCUAGACAAGACGUGUUGUUCAAAAAAGGCUACUUGGGAAGACGCAAACACAGUAGUGUACCAGUCAUUACUGAAGUUUUAAAUGAAAAUGAAGAUGGCGAUAUCAACCCUUUCGAAGAGUUUUGUGCUCACAGUGAAUAUAUUGACCCAUCUAUGAUGUACCUUCWUACUAGCGGCGGAUUCGAGAUCUAUGAUCCGUACACCGGUACCGUGACUCCGCUGAUGGGGCCACCACCGGGUCACUAUCCACCAGUCUUACAUCCUAGUAUGCUGGCGGCGAUGUCGUAUCAGCCGAUGCCGAUGCAACCCGUCGACUGGUACAACCAUGCGAACGUGACUUCCGACUGGAUGUCCGGAGGUGCAGUUUACCAACCGAAUAACAGACACCACAAGAGAUCAACGACUGCCGACGUUCAGCAGAACGGCAGUGCUCAGAGUUCAGAAUUAGGCAUCGGUGGUGGUGCUCAAGAAUCGAGUCUGGACGAUCAGCAGAGUUUAUAUCAGUCACCGCAGCCGUAUAAUAUGUAYCCCGGAUAUGUAUUUGGCACUCAUAUGUACAAUUAUAAUGGUGUAAGCAUUCAAGUUCCACAACCACAAUCUCCUCCAUCACCUUCAAUCAGUUGUGAUUUCACCAACGGAAAACGACGUAAGAAAAAGAAGCGUAGAAAGCGUGGUGAUGUAACAGCAGAUGAAUAUUCCGACUCUAGUUCGGAAGAACAAAAAAGUCAAUCUGGUGCUAGUUGUGACCUCGUGCUGGACUCAGAAAAGACUUCUGAUUCUGGUGUGUUGACAAACAAUAGUGGUGGUUCGACUCCUGUUAAUGUCAUACCCGUCCAGUUGUCCCACAGCGCGCCACCAUUUCAUAUGGAAUGUCCACCGCCAUUCGAAAUACUACACGGAACACCGAUCCUCGUUCACCAUCAUCCAGAUCAAAUGGCUGCAUAUUACCAACCGAUACCACAAUACACGGAGCAAUUGGCCCAGAUUGGUUACCAAGUUAUACCAGAGGAACAAGCUGAAGCAGUAGAGAUCACCGAUGACCAACCAGAUGCCGAACCGGCUCCCAGCUAUUCAGCAGAAAACUCCGACUCUGGUAUCAGUUCUCCGAACAGUGAAGUCAUGAUCAAAGGGUCUACAGAAAAUAAACAUGAAAAAACACAAACUGUUAAUGGCAGCAGUGGACAACCGGUGACAAAAAAAAGUAGAAAUAAGAAGAGCAAACAGCGAGAAAAAACUACUACAGAAUCAAUCAUUAAGACGAAGAGUAAAGACUUACCGAAAAAUCAACACGAAGGAAGUAAGAAAUCGUCAAAAAUCGCCAAAGAACCAGCCAUAAUAAAAAAAUUAAACGCCAAAAAGAACAAAUCUAGGCUAGAACACGAAAAAUUAGAAACUACAAAAUCAUUCAAAGAAGAUCAUUCGAAACCAGAAAUAGAAAACAUUUCAGAAGAAAUUAUUCAGUUGUCGAUCAGUCCGGAGGCAGAGUGGAUCCAAGAAGAAGAAUUCUGUUCGUUGGAAUGCACUCCCAGGUCAACAACGGACAAUAUUCAAUUUAAAUUUACCAAGACACAAUCCCUUGACUCAUGCGAGUCCGUGGAAGAAGAAACGUUUGCAACGGCGGUGAACACCGGAAAUUCUGAUACAGAAAACGAAAUUAGACAGGACGAAGUGGGAAAACUUGAAAUAACAUCACCGAUCAAUGCAGCAGUGCCGGGACCGAUUACAGAAGCCGUGACAAAAUGGUUAAAUGAUCAGGGAGGAUUAAUGUUAUCCCCGUGUUUAGACGAUUCGGGUACUGAUGAAGGCGAACUCAGCGAAUAUGACGAUUUCGAAGAACACUUAAGUACGACUAGUCCAAAAAACGUGCAAGGCAACCCUUACCCUGCGCUGUCUCGUAGUGACGGGUCAAGGGUUGCUGGUUCUUCAUCUCACGAUCAACGACAAAGUGGAUUAAUAUCCAGUGGCAUAUGUUGUUUAACUCAAUAAUUAUUUAGACAAGGUCAUUAUAUUUAAAACAAUAUACAUACACAUUGUAAUUAUUUACGAUAAAAGCUGUACAAAAUAAGAGUAAUACGAUAAGGACACUAUAUACAGGGCAUGAGUAAUUCGCGUACAAUGUCUGACCUUUUGAAAAUUAGGCCCUCUGUACAGUUCUUCAUGCAUACAUUAAAAAUUAACAAAUUAAUCACUUCUUUGAAUAGUCUUUUUAAAUAUAUCUCAUUCUAAGUUAAGUUUUCAAUGCUAUAAGAAAAGAAAAAUUUGCAUUUAAAUUCUUUUUAAAUGAUUAUAUUUAGGUCAUUUCAUUAUUCAUAUAAUGCAAAUUUUUCUUUCAUUUUUAUAAACCAUGGAAAUUUGGUGUAAUUAUGAGACUGCUUUUUGGAUCUCCUCUUCAGGAGUAAUUUGUUAAUAAGUUCAUUAUAAAAUUUGUUAAUUGUUAUCAUUAAAAUAAAAUAUUUUUGUCGUUAACAAUCAAGUUUAAAAAUGGCAUAAAAAUUAAAUAUAUAUAGUAGUCGUUAAAUAAAUAUUGUUAUCUUUGAUUUGCGUGUUUAAAUGGAUAUGAAUGGGUUUAGUAUCUCUGAUCUAAAUAUAAAGUAAUGAAUUGUUUUACUGAUAUUAAGCAUUAUUAUAAUGGAACACUGUUAUUUUUAUAAUUUUUAUUAUACAUAGGCUAUUAUAUAUUAUCUGUAAAUUGCAGAGAUCAAACAAAUUUUACUUAAAAAUAUAAUAAAUUUGGAUUUACUAUUACUCCCUGCUUAAGUAAUACAACCUCGGUUUUUCAAGUUGACUGUUUGAUUUUAAUAUUGGAUUUGCUACUCAAAACAUUUUACGUUAUUUGAAUAUAAAUGUAUAAAUAUUUUGAAAGACGAGGUUGUAUCGUCCCAUUAAAGUCAUUAAUAUGUAUUAUAAAAAGAAAAAAUUACUUAAUUGUAUUUGGAUUUACUAGAUAUCAGCAAUCUCAGUACCUAACGCUCAACUACUAUUUACUUUAUUUCAAAACUUCAUAAAUAUUUACACGAAAUAACCUGUUGAUUAUUUCAUUUAAAUUCCAAAAUGGUCAGAUUAACCAUCAAAAAUAGAUUUAUCUAAUAGAUACUAUAAUUUAGAAUACUUAGUGUGUAAUUUAUCGUAAGUAGUACGUAAGAUAACAAAUAGUAAUAUUAUAGUAGCCGAUAAUAACGGCACUGUCUGAAUUUGGUGCUUAUACUUAAAAACAUGAUACUACAAUAUUUUAGUUUAACUUUAAUAAUAUUUAGCUAAUAUAAUAUUAUAAAAUUGAUUAAAAAUAAAAAUAAUACAUUAUUAGUUUAAAUUKUUUGGGUGAUAUUUAAAUUUGCAUAGUAUGAGGCUGCCUGGAUUUUACUGUUGUGUUAUUAUAUASAAAUUUAAUUUGUUAUGAAACAUUUGAUAAUUGGUUUAGGGUGUUCCACAUGUAUGGUGUUUUAUAAAACAUUAUUUUUUCAAAAACAAUAUUAUCAGUGAUAUUUUUUUAUGAAAUGCAAAAGUUUAAUUUUUAAAAGGUUCAUAAUAUUAAUAAUAUAAUGUCCUAUAUCCAUAAUUCUGUUCUUAAAUAAAUGGGUAUAAUUUGUACCUACAUUAAAAUAUUUUAAUUUUAUUUGAAAAAUGUUACGUUUGAUGUUUUUUACACACACGCUUCCAGAUUUUUCAGACUAUACCUCACCGUAUAAAUAAAUUUAGUGAUUAAGAUUUUAGUUCACUGUUGUUACAAAAGUUAUUUAAAAAUAAAAUUGGUUGUACUUUAUGCGUCUGUAAACAAAAAUUCUUAGCAUACCUACAUAAUUGAUGUAAGACAGGAUAAAAUUAACAAUAAAAAUAUUAUAAUAAUACGGACAUUUUUAUUCUG